UGAAGUGGGUUUAUAAUUUGACUGUCAAAUUGUAUAAGCAAGAGGCAGUUGACUUUCAAAAGUGUCAAUAAAUUUAUGUAAAAAAGCAGUUAAAGAAAAAGUUGAUAUAACAGCAUUGACAAUAACAACAACAAGGAGAGCAACCUAGAAGCUACAGCAACAACAUCAAUCAGCUAAAAAUGCUGUUUAAAAUUUUCUUGUUGGCCUUUCUGGCCUCCCAAUCCUCGGCAGACACCGUGGACCCCCUUUCGACAUCUGCCAGUGAGAGCCAAAUCAAGUUGGCCGAGGAAAAUCCAGCCGCGGCGAUUCCCUUUGAGACCUCGCACAAACAUCCGGACGCCGCCGAGCGAGAGGAGGGCUUCCAUACCGCCCACAGAAUCAGCAUAAGGGCCACAGAUCCUUCGGACUAUUCGAUGAACCUGCUCCCCACCAAGGAGCGUCCCGAACUGAAUCCAGUGUUGAGUGCCCUGAUCAACGAGGAUGUGAUGAAGAGCAUCGAGGCGAAGCGAGCCAUCGAAGAGGAGGAACUUGCCGAGGUGAGACGUGAAAUUGAGGAGGCCGCUCAAGCGGAGUUGGCCCAAAAACUGGCAUCGGCGGCUCCUUCUACCACCACCGAGGCACCAGCUCCACUGCUGACCACGCUGCCAACAGCUGGCAAAAAGAUCGAUAGCCUCGACGAAGACAUUGUUGUGGAUCCGCACGAAGAGUUCGUCAACCAGAACUUUGCCUUGGAGGGUGCGGGCAGCGAGAACAGCAAGAAAUCCCGCAUCGAGAUCAAAAAGGGACCCAACGGCCAGGACUACGAAUACGAGUAUGUCUACUACUACGAGGAGGACGAGGAGCCCAGCAAGGCGGAGGCAUCUGCCGAGCCCGAGACGCGUGGCAAGACCAGGUACACGAACAUCGAGAGGAGCACGCCGGCGACGCCGAGUGAGAACAGCCUGCAGAGCGGCAAGGCCAAGGGCAGAUCCUCCGACACCUCCGAGGACAUUGAGGCCGAACGCCUGCCCAUGAUCACAAGGUUCCCGAGUCGUGGCAAGAACAUUGAAGUGCCUCCGACGCCGGCCUUGGAUUCCCUGGAAACCGCCGCCGAGCGCAAGAAGAUCAGUGUGAAGCGCCCGAGUCUGGAGCUGGUGGACAGUGCCACGUUCAACACCGACGAGAAACAGACCAAGGCCACACGCAAGGGCGGCGAGAAUGAGCUGAAACCGGUGAUUGCCAUCGAGCAGGAGGAGGCGGCGGCCAGGAAGAAGGAGCAACAGGCCAAGGAGCAGCUGGCCAAGGAGGAGCAAGCCAAAAAGGAGCAAAAGGAAAAGCAGGCGGACGACAGCCCGACAGCCGAUCAGGAGGAAUCCGAACAGACCACGCCCUCGAUGGAGAAGGCCGCCCUCGAUCUCUAUGCCAUAUUGACCAAUGAGAACCUUAACAACGAGCAAACCACCGCAAUUGCCGACACCGAAGGAUCCGAGGGUGUUACCACCUUUGCACCAGACACCGCCAGCACGGACGAAGAUGAGGCCGGCGGUCUGACCACGCUGAUCGAUGAGAUUUCGUCAACCAGCACAACCACCACGACCACAACCACCACCACUACGACCACCACAACGGAGGCACCCACUACCACAACGACCACCACUACGACCACAGCAGCUCCUUCGCUCUUCGGAGGCCGAAGGGCCGGAUUGAAUGGCCUGGCCGGGCGCAAUCGCUUCAAGUUGAACAGGUCUGAAGGCGGCAGCACCACCACCAGCACCACUGAGGCACCCACAGCCACCGAACCAACCAAGACUGGUAGAAAUCGUUUCUCGCGUCCCUCGAUCGGAGGACGUGCUCGUCCUGGAGCUCGCACCACCGCACCACCAGAAGCCACAUCGCCAGCAGCUCCCUCGGCCGAAGAGGAAGUGGUGGUUGCCAAGGAAGUGAAGCCUGUUAGCACUGGCUUCGCCAGAGGCAGACCGCGCAACCGCUUUAACCUGCGUGGAUCCACCACGACGAGCACCACCGAGCGUCCCAGCGAGGACUCGCCCGCCGAAGGCGACUCUGCCGGAGAAUCCGCUGCCCCCUCCUCGACCACAGCCAGGAGCACCUUGAGAGGCCGCCCAGGACUGGCAUUGCGUGGCCGUAGUCGCACCACCACCACCAAGGCCCCCGCCAACGCAGAGGGCGGUGAGGCGGCCGAGGGUGGCGCCACCACCAGCUCUGAGGAGGCCAAGUCUGCGGCGGCUGCACCCGCUUCGCCCGCGGAGCCAGUGCGUCCGUCUCGCUUCAAUCUCCAUCGCGCCGGCGGCAAUCGCCUGCUGCCCCGCGGCAAACUGGGACGAGCCGGAGCCAGCACGGAGGCUCCGAAGGAAACUUCACCUGCCGAGGACUCUGCCGCCGAUAGCAGUAGCCACCACAAUGACGUCAAGGAGGAGGAGGCGGGCGGCGAGGCCGGCGAAAAGGGAAGCGAUGCGGGUGGUGAUUCGGCUGCCAGUGCUCCGGCCGCUCCCGUUUCCGGGCUGAAUCGCCUCAAGACCCGGCCACGCCUCAACGCCCUCACGCAUAAGACUGAUGCGGUCAAGCCAAAGGCGGCCGCAGCCCCCGCCCCCGUGCCAAGGAAGAUCAACCCCCUGCUGGCCAAGCGACGGCUCCACCUGGGAGCCACAUCCACCACAGAAUCCCCUGCUGAGGAGGAGCAGUCAUCGUCGGACGCUUCGGGCGAACAGCCCGCCAAGGAGGAGGCGUCCGCCGGCGGAAGCGACGAGUCCGGCGGAGAGGGAGCCGGCAAGCAGGAACAGGAAACCACGGAGGCGACGGAGGCAACCACGAAACAGCAGGCCCGUGGAUUGGGACUUUUGGGACAGCGUCGUCGCUUGCCGCUCCGCAAGCCCGGAACGAUCCUGUAAAGCCAGUAAAGCCAAGCCACUACAAUCCAAUCCACACAGAUCGCCAUCCGCCCCAUUGAAUCCUGAAUAGAAUACUCGUCACGAUUCGCUGCUGCAAACUCCUACAUACAAGAAACAAGAAAAAUAGGGAUGAUGGCCCACACAAGCGAUAAUAACUCUUAAAAAUUGUUUGAUAUAUGUACGUCCUUUAAGAUUUCACCUCCUCGUACUCCUCCUCCCCAAGGACUCGUUAGCUUUGUAAACAUAUUACACUAAUUAAUCUACUGAUAAGUGCGGAUAUACUAUGUAAGUAAGAUCCCUCUUUGCGCCAAGAGUAAAGUCACCAAAACGGAAAAAUGGAGCGAGACGAAGAACGAGGAGAUCCAAGCCACUCGUAGACCACUAAGCACAAAUCCCCGACAAAAAUGUAACUAAGAUGCGAAUAAUGAACCCUAUGAUAUGAACCAUUAUGCAUGUCGUCUCUAUAUGAUAUAUGAUGUAUCCUCCCCGACCUUGCCCCCUCCUUUUUCUUUUGAUCAAGCAUCCAAAUCGUCGCGUGCAUAGCAGAUACAUUUAUUAUUAUAUUUUUUUUCUGAGAUACAAUUAUGAACAAAAACGACUUCUAAUUAUAUAUUGAAUAAAACAAAAGAAAAAACAUGAAAAUUGAA